AUGGAGAUGGCUCAUCGUGUGGCCGACAGCAUAAAGGAUCCCGAAAACAGGGAAUCCCGUGGAGCCAACAUGUUUCAGCUGCAGCGUCAACGUGCUGAAAAGUACGUGAAGGAGGGCCCUGAACCAAUGCGAGACCCUAUUGAAACUGCAACCCAAGAGGACCUGGAGCAUAUGCAAUUCCCCGUACUACCGCCUCCAGUCGCCCCACCAGCGCCCAGUUACCCUAACAUGGCGCCGCUGAUUCCCGUACCUCCACCACCCCCACCGCCGCCCCCGGGGCAACCGAGGUCUCUGCAGGAGUUCAUGGACAAGGUCAAACUGUUUCCAAAAAACCAACACAAUCAACUCAGUCCGCAGAUCUGCUUCGACAUUGCAACUGCCCUGCACUCCUCAAACAGCCGAGGAGCCAAUAUGUUUGCCCAACGGAAGGCACGGGCCUAUAAAUGGGAGGUGGGCGAAAAGGACUCUGUGGGCGCACCGCAGCCCAUACCUGUACAGGUUGAGAGGCCAAAAUUGGUCUCUAAACUGAACCAAAUGCAACAAAUGGCGACUGACUCUUCUAGCGCCCCUCCAAUGGGCUUGUCGAUGAUGCGUAAGACUGAGGCCUCAAUGUCUCCUAGGACCUCCCUGACAGUAAAACAAGGUGGGUGUGGUGAAGAAAAGUGA